CCAAAAAGGUGGUGUGGGAAAAAGCACUCUUUCUCGAGCUUUGGCUACCGAAGCCAGCAAAGAAAAGAUGAAAGUAUUAUUAGCUGAUUGUGACCCUCAGCAAGCAACUAGUUAUAAUUGGAAUAAACUAAGAGGAGAUAAAAAAAUUGUUACUCGCACUAGUAAAAGCACUUUGGAAAUUGCUCGCCAAGCGGAUUUAAUUAUUCAACCGACCGGACCCAGCGUUGAUGACUGCGAACCAGCU